GAGGGGUGCAGCGGGAGCGCGAUGCAGCAGGCAGGCAGACGGAGGAAGGAGACCCAGAGAGAAACCUGCUCACAGAGGACUGAUGAUCAUGUCGGCCUCCUGGAAUCAGCUCUUUUUUCAGACCACUCUGCUUCUCGUCUCCUGCAGACACAUCAGCACAAAGACACCCGGCCCCACGCCCGCACCUCUGCUUCCCAUCGGUCCUUUGACAAAUUUAGUGAAGACCGUUGAAGUCAGAGCAAAUGAAAGUCACACGGUUGAACUGCUGGAACGUGCCAGUGUAGAACUGGUGUGUAAGUGGGCCGGUAAUGAGAACAAGCCCCAAAAUGUAACUGGCUACUGGACAAAAGAUGGGAGUGAGAUAAAGAAUAGCAGUGUGACAGUUCAGCUGGAGAAGGAGCAGUACGUCCUCAAACAAAUGUUCACAGUUCUGAAUGAAACAGACCUCGGGAAUUACUCGUGUGUGUUUGGAAAUGAGGCAAAAGCAGAAUUCAUAUUAGCAGUUCCACAGAUCGGGGAAAAGCGAGAUAAACCUAUAAUUGGAUAUGCGAACGAUUUUAUGGUAAUUCAGUGUAAAAUAGACGACACCAAACCAGUUCCCACCUCCUGGAAAUGGGCCAGAAUGAAUGGUACCGAAAAGGAGCCCAUCGUUGCUGCUGCAGAGUCUCGCCGGUACAAAAUCGAAAUCGAGGAGAGGAAGACUAAGCUGUUUUUCCACAAGAUGACGAAGGCCGAUGCUGGGCUCUACUCCUGUGGGGCUGUGUAUGCCAUCGGCACCGCGUACAGCCAAGUGGAGCUCAAGAUCAUCACGUUCUGGGAGCCCCUGAAGCUCUUCAUAGGGAUCUUGGUGGAGGUCAUUAUCCUGGUUGCUGCAAUUCUGAUCUACGAACGGAGUCAGUCUGGGAAACAAUGCACCAAAGAAAAUGGGCCAAAUCCUGAUCAAAGAAACUCAAUGACACAGGAGGAAAAUAAUGAUGAAGAGGGAGGUUCUGCAGUGAGACAACGCAAAGUUUAAGAGUCCAAUCUUUUACAUUCAGCAGCUUUAGGCUUCUUCUCUUUUGCCUAUUUUCUAAAGUGAAACAUGUAGCUUAAAAGCAAUUUUCAAGCAAUUAUUUCAUGAAUGUCUUAAAUAUAUAUUUUUACUAAACGAAUUGCAAUAACCACUGUCUUCAGACUCCCUCCCGUACAGUAGUGCUGCUUUUCUGUGGAAAUUCUUUUACCGAAGCGUUUCCGUGUCACUUCCUGUGCCAGUUAAUGUUCUGAUACCUGAAAGUACUACAGAGCUUCAUUGAUGUCAGUCAUGCAUUGUGGUUUUCAAGCAGUGCCUUACACCCGCAAAGAUGCAAAUGAGUCACCAGUUGUUUGCUUGCAGCCUCCUUUUUCCACCUGCACUUGCAAAAUGAUUAACAGUUUGUGUCUGCAUUAUCAUAUAUGAAAUGCUUGCUCAUCUACAAUCUACAAGUGUUGUUACUUAAUUGUGAUGUUUGUUUACCUGCACUUAAUCAUUAAGAUGCUGCUGUAUGUUUAGACAAGCAGAUUAAAAUGCCCCCCUAAAAUGUUA